AUCUAGUUAAACGACGCCAUUUUUCAUGUUGUUCGAGAAUGAAUUGUCGUCUAAUGACGAAUUAUCUAUAAAUCUCCAAAGCGAAUGCUUAAGAUGGCAAAGAUUAAAGGGAGAAUUAAAUGAUGCGGAAUUCCUAUCAUUUCUCUUGAACAUGUACGAAACUUUCAAGAAGGACACAACAAUCAUUGAUAUAAAUGAAGAUAUGGGAGGAAAUAUGUCGAAAUCAAUAGAAAAACAUUCAAGAAAACCAGUAAUAAAAAAAAAUUUAAGAGACAUUUAUCAAAAGUCAGAACUUUCUCAUAAUGAAUUGGAUAUCUCUUCUUACAGCGGAAAAUUACAGAAAAUAUUGGAUACAAAAAAGACUAGCAUUCAUAAUAUAUCAGUAUUUCGAUGCGAUCUCUGUAGUUUUGCCAAUCUCAAUAAAUCUGAAUUUGAGAAACAUUUACAAGAAUCAAAUCAUCAUUUAACAAGCGUUGAAGACUUUAAUUGUAGAAAUUUUAAAGUCACGUGUAAUAUUUGUAAUAUUGGAUGUUUUAAUGAGAGAACACUUGUUGCCCAUAAACGUAGAAAACACGAAUCUUUGGAAUUUAGAUGUUCUUACGAAGAUUGUAAAUUCGUCUCUAAGCAUAAAGAUUCGUUAAAAGCUCACUUGAACUUUCAACACGGGGAUAAGAAUAAAUAUGUUUGCUCGUUCUGUGCAAAAGGAUUUAAAAGACCAGAUCAUCUGAGAUUGCACGAAAAAACUCAUGAACUUAGGGACUCAUCGGAAGAAGACAACCGCACCGAAGGAACUCGGACACAGCAAACUAAAUGUAAUAUAUGUGACGCAAUCUGUAAAUCUGAACUGCAUAGAAUUAUACAUGAGAAAUCUAUGCAUUCUCUUAUGCCGUUCCAAGGCUAUUACGUUUGUCCAAAAUAUCCAGCUUGUCAAUUUAAAAGUGAAAUGGAAUCGUCAGUCGUUUCACACGCUAGAAUCAAGUGCUCUAGAAGAGAAGGGGUGCUGAAAUUUAAAUGUAGAUAUUGUUCGAAAUUGUGCAGUAGCUAUAGCGCAAGAUUCUCUCACGAAAAACGGCAUUUGAGAAAAAAAGAUCACAAAUGCGAUUUAUGUCUGAGAGCUUUCCUAACCACUACAGAGCUAACUAGUCACAAGAAGAGUGUUCAUAGUGAUGUUAGACCUAUACCGUGUAAAAUUUGCAAUCAGACUUUUAAGAAAAGAUUCAAUCUUAGACGUCACAUGCUAAAGCAUACUGGCGAGAAGCCUCAUAAGUGCAUAAUUUGUUCGGUUGCCUAUGCCGACUCAACUACUUUAAAGAAGCAUUGGGAAAAAGAACAUAAUAUUGUCGACGUCAGCUGUCUUAAAGAUAAAGAAGAGGUCUUAACAAUUUCUCAAGACUUUUAG